AUGAGCCCCGACAGGAGCACCCCGAUCGAGGGGAAGGACGCCCAGGACCCUCAAUCACCGCCCUCGACCUCGUCCGCGUCGAAAAAACGAACGAGCACCGCUGCCGGGCUCGACAGCAAUGGCAAUCCCAAGCCCGUCAAGAGGAGAGCCGCCAAGGCCUGCGCUGGGUGCAGAGCCCGCAAGGUGCGGUGCGAUGUGACCCAGAGGUAUCAUGUCACGGCGGACGGUGAGGUCACCUGUACGAACUGUGCGAUGGACGGCAUCAAGUGCGUGAUCGAGGAGAGCAAACGGCGGAAGAAGCAUCUCAAUGCUGCCCCAGCUCCAACCUCCACCGCUGGCCAGACUCCCACCGCGGAGGGAGGCGCGCAGACCUGGCAGAAGGGCAUCGUCAACCCCUCAGACAUCGUCGGUGCUGAGGCGCGCAGAGGCAGCGGAUCGAUCCCCCUGUCGAAUGACAUCGGAGGCAGCGACCUCAAUGCUUCCCAGCAUGUGCCUCACUCAAUCUACCAAAACGUGAACCAGCAGAUCAACAAGGGCGAGAUCCGGCGGCGUCAGAGUUUUAUCUCCUCGCCCUACGACUCGGAUCCGACCUACGGGCUGCUCAAGUUGGCCUCCUUCCAUGGCGACAGGACCGCGACGCGAUUGGCAUCACCGUCCAUGCCUCCCGCGCCCGUGCUCAAGCACAUCCUGCCGGACUAUCUCAAACCUCUCCCGCAGCGGAUGACCUCCGCCGACAUCGAUUACCUCUACGCGAAGGGCGCCCUCUCUAUCCCCGACAUCCCGAUUCGAAAUGCGCUCCUUCGGGCCUACAUCGAAUACGUACAUCCAUAUAUGCCCUUGGUCGAGAUCCACGAGCUCCUCCAGAUCAUCGACGAUGGGACUGGCGAGCCCGAGAAGAUCAGUCUGCUGUUGUUCCAGGCCAUCAUGUUCGUGGGCACAGCCUUCGUAGAUAUGGACUUCUUGAGGGCUGCGGGCUACACGAAUCGAAAAGCUGCGAGGAAAGCGUUUUUCCAGAAAGCUAGGGUUCUCUACGACUUUGACUACGAGAUCGACCGCGUUUCCCUCGUCCAGUCACUCCUCCUCAUGACAUAUUGGUACGAGACCCCGGAUGACCAGAAAGACACAUGGCAUUGGAUGGGUGUUGCGAUCUCACUGGCACACACGAUCGGGCUGCACAGGAAUCCGGAAAACUCCAACAUGGAGCCGAAUAAGAAGAAGCUGUGGAAACGGAUCUGGUGGUCGUGUUUCAUGCGGGAUCGUCUGGUCGCACUGGGCAUGCGGCGCCCAACGAGAAUAAAGGACGAGGAUUACGAUGUGCCAAUGCUCACGGAGGACGAUUUCGAGAUCGCUCCGCUUUCUGAUAGCAUCACCAUAAUCCCGUCGGAUUGCACACUGAUCAGAGAUGUGGACGCACAGAGGGAAUUGGCACACAUGUGCAUUGCAAAAGCAAAGCUCUGUUUGUGCAUCAGUCACGUCUUGGGCGCCCAAUACUCGGUCUUGGUCCGGUGUCAAGGGAUGCAAGGUCAGGAAGGCAGUACUCGCUCCAGCGUGAUGCUCUUCCCCAAGAAAUUGGAUCAGACGGAUGAGGUCGAGCGCUGUGAUGACGAACUGACCCAGUGGGUCAACGAGCUUCCUGCUUGCUGUCAAUAUACCAAUGAGAUGGGCGUUGGAAACAGCGCCGCCCCUGUCUUCGUACAAAGAGCCCUGUUGCAUAUGGUAUACUUCACCACGCUAUCCGCAUUACACCGACCUCAAGUUCUACCUUCGGCCGCGAUCUCUCAACCUGAGGGCAGCCGGGAAUUGCAAGAUAGCUCGAGGAAAAAGGUCCGCGAAGCCUCACGAGAAAUCACCCGCGUCUCCCAGGAUCUGCACGCUCGUGGCCUCGAGCGGUACCUGCCUACGACCGGGGUCACUGUCCUUCUCCCGGCUAUCAUUAUCCAUCUCCUGGACAUUAAGUCUUGUAACGAUGACGCCCGCCAAGCUGCCAUGGAUGGUUUCUGUCAGUGCAUGCUCGUACUCGAGAAGUUACGGGAUAACUACGCGUCGGCAGAUUUCGCUACCCAGUUCCUCGAGGCGGCAAUCCGGAAAGCAGACAUCGAUGUCAUGAUGAGGAAUUCGAACCACAGGAUGCGACACGACAAUGCCAAAGCCACCGAGAUGCAGCACCGCUCCCGAGCGGCGCGCAGGACAACACCUCCUAGCGACGAGCACGGUAUCGACAUCGAUCUCCAGAGCAGCGGCAUGGUCGACAUUGGCAUCCCCGUGGGCCGGCCCGACAACCUCCACAACGCCAUCUCGGCGCGCACGCCCGACAGCGAGAACGCCGUCUCAGGCGACCAGUUCGGCAACAGCAACAUGAACGGCAUGGAGUUCCCGACCAUGGGCAACUCCCUCACGGGCGAUGUCGACCUCAACGACUUCCUCACCUUCGACAACGGCAACGAGCUGUGGAACGUCCCGCUCGAGGAGGGCGCCCACGGCGAGAGCGGCGGCUUCAUGGGCGACAUGACCUGGAUUGAUCAGGCGCCCGGCUGGAGCAGGUUGAAUAGCCCGCUGCCCGAGGUGGUGCAGCCCGAUGGGCAGGACCUGUUUGGCAAUAACGCGUCGACAGAGGCGAGACCUCUCGCGUAA